UACCGAUCAUCUAAUGCGACAGAUUGUGAAGGAUCCACAAGGAUUUUGUAUGGUGCAGUGAUUGGAUCAACUGCUACGAUGGUUGGUGCUGGAAUACUUCUCUUUUUCGUAUGGACGUUAAGAAAGCGCAACAGCAAGAACUCAAAUAGAAAAAGAGAAAGGACAAACAGAGAAACAACAGAAGAUAUUGGACUUGUUGAUACUUGGCUUGAAAUGACGGAUCCUUCUCAAAGCCAGCAGUGCAUGGUAUUAGAUGAGCGGAAUCGGUCGUCCCCCAUUACAAAUGCAGAGCGGGUCAACCUUCUACAACCUUCCGAGCCAGUAAAUGACUACUCCUCUCUCUAUUCACCGCCACGCUGUUGGGAGAUUCCUAUAGAGCUCGUGACUCUAAAAAAGGUCAUUGGUAAAGGGGCUUUUGGUCAGGUUGCUAAGGCAGAAGUCAGAGGCCUCCAGGGAAGACCAACGACGAUACUCGUGGCUGUUAAGAUGUUGAAAGAGCACGCUUCCGAAUCGGACAGGAAAGAAUUGUUGUCUGAACUUCAAUUGAUGAAGGAACUCGAUGCCCAUCCUCAUGUCAUUAAACUUCUGGGAUGUAUCACGAGAUCUGGACCAUUGAUGGUAUUAACUGAAUAUGUUCCCUAUGGAGAUCUACUGGGAUACCUGAGAAAAAGCCGUGGAUUGAAUGACACUUACUUCCAAGACCCGGAUAUCAAACCUAAAACAAAUCUGACCUCAAAGCAGCUGAUGAAAUAUGCGUGGCAAGUUGCCGAUGGAAUGUCAUAUUUGUCAUCGAUACCAAUUAUCCAUCGAGACAUUGCAGCUCGUAAUGUAUUGGUUGGGGAAGGGGAAACGUGCAAAGUAACAGACUUUGGUAUGGCCAGAGAUAUUCAAGAGGACAACAUUUAUCAAAUGAGGUCAAAGGGACGUAUCCCUUUAAAAUGGACUGCUUUUGAGGCGCUGCUGCAUGGAAAAUAUUCCACAAAAAGUGACGUGUGGAGCUACGGAGUUCUCCUCAAUGAGAUUGUCACGAUUGGUGGCACACCAUAUCCAGAGAUGGAUGGAAGACAGACUUUAACGUUGCUAAAUUCGGGAUACAGAAUGCCCAAACCACAACACGUGGAUGAUAAGUUGUAUGACAUAAUGACAAACUGUUGGAAAGAUGACCCUGACUUGAGACCAUCAUUUGAGAGUUUGAGAAACGAACUGAAAGAAAUGGAAGACCAGCACAAGAGACUGAUCAACAUGAAAAUGUACGACAAGCAGUUGUACGCAAACUUUGAGGAUUUAAACGUAUAGUCAUCUAUUUCUCGUAUUUGUCUAACCCAGGAUUUGCAGUAAACGUGUAGUUUUUUACUCGUAGUUGGCUAGAAAUAUAACUUGUUUAAAAGAAGCUGAAAUUCAAAAGGGUCACAUAUAGGGAUCCAUUAGGGUAAAUUACAGUGUAAGAUGUACCAGCCUAUUCUAAAUCCUUCUAACUCCUUCUCCUCUGGUGAUAACGAAGUCAUUCACAGGCGGCCCAAACUCAGUGUGAGAGGUUAAUCAUUAAUACAUUUGGUUUUAUAUUGCGUAAUUUGAAACGGCCGUGAAUAGAAAGG